AUGCUUAACAUUACUGAAUUUGAUUUGGAUGAUCAGGCGAUAUGUCAACCGUACUGGAUUCGUCGUUGCACACGGAAAAGUACGAAUGAGCAACUGUUUGUUGAAAAGUUUUCCCUUUUACAGCAUUAUACUUCGGAAAUUUUACGUUUCCUUUCGACUAUAAUCAAAUUGCAAAAGAUAAAAAUCGAAAAUUUCAUCAAUGUUGUUGGUUUCGGCAUUGAAGGUCUCGAUAUUUAUAUAUUUUACGAAAAUGAUGAUUUGUCCGAGGUGAAUUACACAAAUUUAAACGAUAACGAGAAAAGGAAAUUAUUAGACGAUGUUGCUAAUGCACUUUCUGUGCUAAAUAAAUACGAAAUUCCGCAUUUAGCGAUUAAAAAACAGCUUAUUUUUAAGGAUAAGUCAAAUAACUACAGAAUUGGAUUCAUAUGUCCAUCACCUCAUGAUACAAUCGAUCCUGAUGAUGAUAUAAACCCACUAUUCGAUAAUCAUUUAAUCUUACAUGAUAUCUUCUUAUAUGGACUUCUUUCAGCAGAAUUAUUAUACAACAAUAACCGCCAUGAUAUAUUAGAAAGAAUUUGGAAUCUGAAAAGCCCACUUACCGUUCAAGAUAAUUUCAUCGAAAGAUGUCUUAACCUUUCAGCUGAUCAGAGGCCAUCGUUUAACGAGAUAGCACAUUUGAAAAAUACUUAUCCAGAUGAAAUACCUUACAAUCCAAGCGAACUAUUCGAAAUUAUCAAAGAUAUCAAACCAAUUGCGGGUUCAUGCUACUUGACAGGCUAUGGAACCGAAAAAGAUGAACAGAAAGCUAAGGAUACCUUUAUGUCUUCAGAAGAUCCAAUAUCUCUUAAUGAUAUGGCAAAAUUAAUUAUUGAAACCGACCGCGACUUAGCUUUGAAGUAUCUACUUAAAUCUACUGAAUACAACUUCUCAGUUGCCCUCAAGAAUGCCGGUGCACUUUUCGUUCAAGACCAACAUAUCAAAGAAGGAAUUCAUUUACUGAUCAGAUCCGCAGAUCUUGGCUUCCAUGAUGCUUAUCUGAUUCUCGCUGACACAUUUGUUCGUUUUAAUGGCAAUUUGGCCUUUAAAUACAUCUCUAAAGCCGCUAAAAGAGGAGAUACACGCGCUUUAGUGAACCUUGGCCUUUAUUACGAACACGCCUGGGGCUGCAAACAAGAUUUCCGCAUGAUGGCCGGUCUUUGGGUUCUUGCCGCCAAGAUCGGAAGCGAACAAGCUCUUAAUAACAUCGGAGUUCACAUUUCGAACCGCGAAACAUCGAUGAAACUUUGGUCGAAUCUAAAAGAUCCUGUUGCCUUCUUCAAUAUCGGAAAUAUCCUUCUCAAGAGAGGAGAGGAAUCACGAGAGCAAGGAAUGAUGAUGAUGAAGAGCUCCGCAGAAGCUGGUUACAUACCAGCAAUGUUUAACAUGGCCGUUCUUCUCAAAGAAGAAAAUCCGGAAGAAGCUGAUAGAUGGUGUACAAUGGCUUCUCAGGCAAAGGCCAACGAGCUUGUAAUGGAGGCAAGAAUGAAGGAAAUUGCUUCAAUUGCUGCUAGUUCAUUGUGA